CAGCAUCAGCAUCACCGGAAUGAGUAACAGUGCGCAACUUGGAGAAACAACAACACUGUCCGUAGGAGCGCGCGCGUCUGUGUCCGUUUACUGUGAGCUUCACGAGCCUGUGUGUGACCGUAUUCAUGAGGAGGUAAAGGUGCCAAAAACUACACGGACUCUCUGUGGACCUGCCGAAAAACGGGAGCCAUGGAUUAUAUAAAAAUCUACAACACUUUUCUCUCCAUCUUCAUGUUGAUAAUUAGCAGUACCUGUCACGCUCUUUUGGACAGAUUUCUGGAUCAGUUUUUUUGGUCAGAUGCUAGCUGUGAUUUUGAAUCACUGUGCCUCUGGACUUUAUCAAAUCACAGCGACCAAAGUGACUGGUCAGUGGUGUCACCACAGCAACCAGAGAGCACUCUGGCGGGGAUGAUGCCAAUGACCGACAACUCACGGAGAGGCUCUAAUGGGCACUUCCUUCUCCUAAGCCCCUCUCCUGCUGCCGAGGCCUCUGGGAGAUGCGAGUACCACUUAACCAGCCCGGUCUUACCAGCAACCCAUGAGAACUGCAUCUUCCAGGUGGCUCUGUAUGACCCCAGCUCAGUGGUGAAGAACCUCAUGCUCCUGAUUAAACCAGUGCGCUCAGGUUCAGCGGUUCGCUCUGUGGCUCUCAAACACAGGAGACGUGAUGACCGCAGGGCUGAGUGGGAAAUUCUGGAGACAGCGAUUGGUAUUGUGCACGAGCCCUUUCAGGUGAUCCUGCUCUACACUUCCUGUUUGGGGGAAGAUGGAGCCACUGUGGCUCUGGACAAUCUGGAGCUCCUAGACGCUGAAUCAGAACACGAGGAAAUCGCGUUGGAUGCGGAUUGUGGGGAAUCUUUCUACUGUAUAAACUCAGGAGGCUGCAUCGACCAGAGCCAAGUGUGCAACUUCCACACCGACUGUGCUUUAGGAGAGGACGAGGGCUUCAUCUGUGGUACUCUUCCGUUUGGCUCCCACUGUUCGUUUGAACAGGAUGCAUGCGGUUGGUCCGUGUCCAACCAGCACUCGGCCUGGAGAAGGGUCGCUGGAAAUGAACUUUUGGAGAGGGAGGACAUGCAGGGUGUCGCUCUGCAGAGUACACCAGGGCACUUCCUGUUUCUGCAGGUAAGAGAGAGUAAUUCUGUUCGAGAGGCGUCCAUUCAGAGCUCCUCUUUCCCUCCCCCAGUCUCUACCACUGCCUGUCAGAUGCGUUUCUCCCUGUACCUGUAUGGGCACUUCAAUGGUUCAUUGCUGGUGGCUAUAGAGGAGAAUGGGACCAGCACAGCACCACUGGUCUGGGAGAGAAAUGAUCAGUGGACAGACGACUGGGAAGAUGUUGCCCUGCAGCUGACUGGCCUUCAUCAUGAGUUCCAUGUUAAAGUGACAGCUGUGUGGGGACAAGGCUCCAAUGCUGACGUUGCUCUUGAUGACAUUGCAAUUGGUGCGGCCUGCUUCGGCACAGAUGAGAACUCUCUCCUGCCCAUGGCGGACUUGGAGGAUUUCUUAAGCCCCCUUCCAGAGCCUUCAGCCUCAGAGGUUUCUUUGAUGACAUGGUGGUUUAACUCAUGUGGUGCCAGUGGUCCCCAUGGCCCGACCCAGGCCCAGUGUGACAGUACCUACAGGAACAAAAAUGUCAGUGUUACUGUUAGGAAGGAAGAGCCCUUUAAAGGAGUCCAAAUGUGGAGGGUACCUGCGACUAACAGAUACCUGAUCUCUGCUUACGGGGCUGCAGGAGGGAAAGGAGCCAAAAACCACAACAAGCGCAACCAUGGGGUCUUUAUAUCUGCCAUAUUUCCUCUGGAGAAAGGAGAUACCCUUUACAUCUUGGUGGGACACCAGGGAGAGGAUGCAUGCCCAGGGAGAAAUCCCCAUACCCAGAGGAUCUGCCUGGGAGAGUCAUCAGUCAUUGAAGACAACCUCAGGGGGGAGGCUGGUGCAGAGUGGGCAGGAGGAGGAGGCGGAGGAGGUGGAGCCACCUACAUCUUUAAGAUGGAGGGAGCUGAGCUGGUUCCCUUGCUGAUUGCGGCUGGCGGAGGAGGAAAUGCCUACAUGGAGGACCCCGAGUCCAGUCUGGACCAGAUACCACUGGAGCAGUAUGAAAACAGCACCACAGCUCCUGGUACCAACGGUCAAACUGGUGCUGCAGGUGGAGGCGGAGGCUGGAAAGACAGUCCCAGUCCUCACCAAGGGGCUGGAAAGUCUCUGGUGGAGGGUGCUGAGGGGGGGUCCUCAUGUCCCCUGGCCCAGUCCAAGCUCAGCUGGUCCACAUUUGGGGGAUUUGGAGGUGGAGGUGGGGCCUGCACAGCUGGAGGGGGUGGAGGAGGUUACAGAGGAGGAGACGCUGCACUGACAGAUGAGAUCACUGCCGACGGCCAGAAUGGAAUCUCAUUUAUUCACCCGAUGGGAGAGAUUUUCCUUCAGCCUCUGGCAGCCAUGGAGAGUCACGGCGAGUGUGAGAUCAAGGUGCAGCUGAACUGCAGCCACUGUCAAACGCAGAGCUGCAAACGAGAUGAAGACACUCACCACAUCCUCUGUCUCUGCGACGACGAUGAAGUCCUGGCCAGCGAUAACGUCACAUGUGUCGGCACCAUAGCAGCUCCUCAGGGUCCGGCUUUGCAGGGCCCGAUGUCGACAUCUUUGAUCCUGGCAGUCGUGGUCUCCACCAUCGCGAGCGGCAUCGCUCUGAUCUGCACUGGCAUCAUCCUCAUGUGGUACCGCAGGAAGAACAACCUGCACGCAGUCAGGGGGCGUCUGCAGAGUCCAGAAUACAAGCUGAGCAAGAUCCGCUCCUCCACCAUCAUGACGGACUACAACCCCAACUACUGCUUCGCAGGGAAGGCCGCCUCGCUGAAUGAACUGAAGGAAGUACCGCGCAAGAACAUAACACUUCUCAGGGCUCUCGGCCACGGUGCAUUUGGUGAAGUCUAUGAAGGUCAAGUUCUGGGUAUGAGCAGUGAUAACAGCCCGAUGCAGGUGGCCAUAAAGACUCUUCCAGAAAUCUGCUCCGAACAGGAUGAAAUGGAUUUCCUGAUGGAGGCCCUGAUUAUGAGCAAGUUCAACCAUGACAACAUUGUGCGCUGCAUCGGCGUCAGUCUGAACAUCCUGCCACGUUUCAUCCUGCUGGAGCUGAUGACCGGAGGGGACAUGAAGAGCUUCCUGAGACAGAACAGGCCACGAGCUGGCCAGCCCUCUUCUCUCACCAUGCGGGAGCUGCUGCAGAUGGCCAGAGACAUCGCCUUCGGCUGUCGAUACCUGGAGGAGAAUCACUUCAUACACAGAGACAUUGCUGCUAGAAAUUGCCUGCUCACCUGCCCAGGACCAGACCGAGUGGCCAAAAUCGGGGACUUUGGGAUGGCACGAGACAUAUACAGAGCCAGCUAUUACAGGAAAGGCGGUCGGGCCAUGCUGCCAGUGAAAUGGAUGCCACCGGAGGCCUUCAUGGAGGGAAUCUUCACCUGCAAGACUGAUACAUGGUCAUUUGGAGUGCUGCUGUGGGAGAUCCUCUCUCUGGGUUACAUGCCGUAUCCCUGCAAAACCAACCAAGAGGUGCUGGAGUUUGUCACCAGCGGAGGCAGGAUGGAUCCCCCCAAGGGCUGUCCGGGGCCUGUCUAUCGGAUCAUGACCCAGUGUUGGCAGCACUGUCCCGAGCACCGACCCAACUUCUCUACUAUCCUGGAGAGAAUCAACUACUGCUCUCAGGACCCAGAUGUGAUCAACACACCCCUACCUGUAGAAUACGCCCCCUCCUCAGAGGACGAUGGCGGAACAAUAAUCCGUCCCUCUGACCACACCUCCACCAGCCUCACUCCACUCCUGGUGUCCCAUGCUGUCUCCCAGGCUUCCUCCCCCCAGCUGGGUCUCUCCUCUCUGGGCCUGGGUCCGACUCCUCUUCCCCCACAGCCUACCAAACCUCGCCUCCUCCUCCAGAGGACCCAGCCUGUCCACCACGAAGUGACAUCAUGCCGCGAGGCUCUGGAGCCGUCCUGGGCCGAGCCUGUUCCCGCUCCUGGUUUGUCAGCAGGGGGCCACUGGCUCCACCCUGAGCCUCCUCAUCACCGGCCGUGCUCCAGAAACAGCUCCUCCUCAGGGAGCCAGAAGCUGAAGAACAAGACAAAGAACCUGUGGAACCCCACAUACGGUUCUUGGGUUUUGGAAAACUUCCGAGGGAAGAAAACACUCGCUCACACUCAAUCCAUGCCGCUCUCAAGCUCCGCUUCUUCCACUUCCAACACACAGGCUCCUCAGACCUGCAACACAGCCUCAGACAGCAACCAGGCUGGGUGCGACAGCGCCACCAGCACUCACCUCAGCCCUUCCAGCCUCUGCACUUCCUCAACCUCAUCCCCGUCGUGUCAGGCUCAAGCUGCCCAGAGCACGUCCUCCCACAAGACCGCAACAAGUGGUGGCACAAAAGCUGGUAUAGACCUGGCUAAGCUCCAGAGCUUCCCCUGUGGCAAUGUCAACUAUGCCUACGAUGAGCAAAGCUACGAGGCGGAGAGCCUGCCCUUGGUUAUACCCAAAGCCCCAGAAGCCAUCACAAACACCAGCUCUGCUCCCAGUGUCUCCUCAGGGACCAGCCUGGGACUGGUGUUAGGCCUCCAUACCUCCUCAUCUUGUAUGCCAAAGCUGCUGCUGAAGCGCCACGCCAGCUACGGACACGAAGACGUGAGGAGACACACCAAAGCUGAGAAACCCACACGUGACCGAGACUCAGGCUUUUCUCUGUCUGAGGAUCUCAGCGUUACCCCAAUCUAAGAAACGGCUUACUGUAACAGGGAUUUGGAGUGAUGUGAAACGUCACCCGGAGCUCCUUUUCUCACAACAUGAGAACUUCUGGAACAAAAAACAUGACCGUGAGGGCUCCACCAGUCCGAGAGCCAUAACAUCAAAUUAUCUUAGCUCCUGGAAUGCUGGAAAACACAAACACUCCUCUGCACUGUGAUACAGAGAGCCAACGCUGGACUCAAAGCUCUUUCCUGGGCCUCUGGUCGAUGGUAGCUGAAACACUGAAGCUGAAACACUGGACGACACGCAGCCCAGCACUCUCUCAAGGUCCACACUGCUGGUGACGGCUGUCAUAAGUUACUGCUGUAGCUGGACUCCUUUUCUACCGAUUUGUUUUUGUUCUUUCAUAAAAGCUUUGGUAGUUCUUUAUGUUGCAUUAUAGUGUAGCUGGAGUUUGUAGUAUUCCGUGUACAGUACGACCAUAACAAACCAAAAAAUACUGAGCCCCAAGAGAAUCUCCAAGCAUUUUAUCCAUUUCUUUUUUUACCUUUCUUUUUUUGUAAUUUUUAAUUUCAGAUGUUACUAAAACAAUUUCAUUUAUAAUUGUAUACCUGUACAUACUUUAGGAACUUACAGUACAACAUGAUACACAUCUGUGAUUCUGAUUUGCUUUCACCCUAAGUAAUGUGAAAACACAAACACCUAACAUACUGCAAUAACACGUCUUUGAUUUGUCUCAACAAAAAGUAUACAUGUGUUUCCAUCACUUCCCCAGCAGGUGGAGUUUGCUCAGUUGAUCAUGGACAUGCUGUAGCUCAUUUAGACGACUCUCAUUCUAUUUCUAUGGUUUAGUUAAGUGUGGGAUUUUGGUCUUGUGAUAACAAGUAGUGAAGCUUUCUCUUGCCGUCCACUGAUUCCUGGUCAGUGACUCUGACCCCUUCCUAAUUUAAGCUGCUGGUUUCGGUCUGGUGCUUACAGACAGCCUGGCAGAGUUACAUCUGGUUUCCUGGAAACGGAAAGGAUAACUUUGGUAUUUUUUUAACCUUGAACCCUCUUUUCCCCUUUUUUUCUGUCCAAGUGACUAAUGGGAACAUUCAUUUUCGGAAUGGGUGUAGUAUUGAGAGAUUGCUGCAGCAAGCAACCGCGAAACAGGCUGUGAUAUAACCGCUCCAUCAAUUUACGUCCACUAAAAGUGCUUGUUUUUGCCACUGACAGGUCCAGAUUGGUAUUUUAAGUGCCUGACAACAUUAUGGAAAGCAUCCCUCCAAAGGUCAACCUGUAUGUUGAAAGUAAAAUUCUUUUUAAGCAGAAACAGCCCCGAAAUCGCUGACAUCAGACGCUCCGGACUACAUUUAAAUAAACAGUCAUUUUAUCUCUGUAAAACACACUUUAUUCAAAGUUGACAGUCACUAAAUAAAACUCACAAAAGCUGUCCUGGUUAAUCCUCCCACUAUUCCAACAGUCGCCAGCUCUGGUUUGAUUGAAAUUCGCCCUUAAAUAAAUCAGUCAGAUGUGAAAACAUGCUGCUCUGUACACGCUGAAAUGACUUGUUGUUUAUUUAACUGAAGUCUAGUGAGUUUGGCGACGACAAUUUCGGAUCUAUUCCUGGUUAAAUACAGAGAAUGUUAAUAUUUAACGAAAAAGUCUAUCUCUAGGGACCCUUCUCCAUAAUGAUGUCAGACACUUAAAAUAAACUGGGCCUGUCAGCAGCAAAAACAAGCACUUUCAGUGGACAUAAACUGACGCUCAAUAGUAGAACAAUUUCAAAAAUUGUUCUCAUUCAACAAUUAGACAUAAAAAUAUGAGAAAAUAGGGUCAAGGUUGAAAAAUACCAAAGUUACCCUUCAAGUUAUUCCCAGUUUAUUAAUUGAGUUUUUGUGCGGUUAAAGAAAAAAAAGAUACAAUGUGUUUACAGGUGCAAGCAGGCAGAUAACUGUGUGAUUUACCUGUGGACAGAGCCAGGCUAACUACUUCCCACUGUUUCCAGUCUUUAUGCUAAGCUAAGCUAACUGACUGCUGGAAGUAGCUUCAGAUUCACUGUACAGACGUGAGAGUGGUAUCGAUUUUCCCAUCCAACUCUGCAAGAAACGAUUCCCUUAAGGUGUUAAAUAGUUUGAGGUGAUCACCGACUCCUUGUGAAAAUCACUUCCUGUAUGUUCUUUAAAUGCGUGGAGUUUGUGCUGAGAUAUUUUUUUGCCAAACCACAUAGAUCUUGAUUAUUUUUGACUACUACCUUCCCUCGUUUCCCAAAUAUUUACUUCAACUGCAGGAGGUCUCAUUGAUGUGUAAGCGUGAUGAAUUUGAUAACCAUGCAGAUGUAAAAAAAAAAAAAUGAUAUUUUUGUACUCAUCUCGUACACUGGACUAACCCAUAGCAUAUGUAGCUGUUUUAUCAUUUACUUGUAUUAAUUUAUGUUACUGUUGGAUCUGUAUUUGUAGUCGAUCACUGCCAUUAAAUACCACCGCGCUGCAUCUGCUGAUGUGGUGCCGGUAGUACCCAUGUUUACUCAGCAGGGGGAGGUAUUCAGCUUUGAUAUACCAAACAUGCUGCUGCAGGUAUCUCAGUUCAUACAGUUCAAAUGUUUAUUCAGUAUUUAUGUUUUCAGUUUAUUCUUAUUUAAUCGAUUCAGUAGUUGUAUUUGAUGUGUGUUGUUAUUUUGAGCCUGAACAUGCUGAUAGUUUAUUUUUAGUGUGCUGAAUGACAUUUUGUUUUAAUGCUCAGGCCUGCGGAUGUUAGUGAGUGUCGUCUUGGUUGCUCAACAUAUUUUAGAGAAGCUGUUUCACCAAACGGCUCAUGUCGUUUUCUAAAGAUUUUUAGCGACAGAUUAGUGUCAUUUACUGUGGGAUUUAUUUCACAGAGAAAGAAAAACAAUCAUCCUCGUCUUGCUCACAAUGUAUAUUUUUUACGGCCUGGUGUAUUUUAUUUCACACUCAUUAAAACGUUUCUUGUUUUCUUUAUGUAGCUGAGGGUGUUUACGCCUCAACCAAAAAUGCAAAGACAUUCUAUGCAAUAUACUGUCCUUCACACUUUGAUCUAACCUACCCAUGCCCCAAAUAAAUCCACAUAUAUUGAUCGUAUUUGUGUGAGUUUGAUCAGUUACACAGCCUGAACUCUAACCCAUUAUUAAGAUACCACAAUAGUGUUUUUACUGUUUAAAAAAAUAACAGUAUUUGCCCUUUUUAAUUCCAUAUACAGUUUCACUCAUUUGCACAUCUCUGACCAAAAACCAAGAAAUGUGCUGUGACAAAGAAAUGAAAAUAAUUACAAGUUUGAUUACAGGAAUAAAAUCAGUGAAAGAAAUAUAAAUUGAUAUACAAUAAACAAGAGUUUGUCAGAACAGUGACACAGGUAAUGCACUCUGAUCAUUACACAGUAUGCAGUAACAUAUUGACAGUGUGUUAUGUGUUGUAGUCAUAUGACUGUGAGUUUCAUACUGCACAGAAUCUCUCCUUUAAUAUAACACUUACAGAUGUGACGCCCGGUUGCCAGAGGAAAUGUUGGCAUUGUAUGUUUCUGCAAACCACGAGUUUGUUUACAUUUCAAUAGCCUUGCAGUUAAUUAAUGUGUGGUCAUGUUUGGGCUUAAAAUGUGGUUUUGGUGGCACAAUCACGUCUGGAAGUGUCACAGUGUCUCUAAAAACAAUCAGUUUUGUUGUUUGUCGGUCUCAAACAGUGGUCUGCAGCUUGGCAGCCAUCUCACCUUGGUCAAAUGCCAUUGAUAUGUAUGAAUGGAUUACUAAACAGGCCUACUGGACCCAGGCCCAGGGGCCCAAAGUGUCUUCACUUGCAAAAUGUUACUCAAAUUUACACACACCGACCAAGAAGAGACUCAAAAUGAGCACAUAAAGACCAAAACAACCACAAAGAGACAGAAAAUUACUACAAAGAGACAAAAAACAACUACAAGGAUACACAAAAUGACUACAAAGCAAAAACAAAAUGGCCCAAAAAAUACACAAAAUUGCCUCUAAGAACCCAAACAUCUACAAAAAGACAGAACAAUCACAAGAGCCCCGUUUCCGCCCAGAAGUACGGUACGGUAUAGUUCAUUUUGGUGCGCUUUUUUUCCGUUUCCACUGUGAAAUGUUGUGGAUGGUUCCAAUGGAUCCCCAUUUUUGGUCCCCCCCUCUGUUGGGGUACCUAGCACACAGAUCUGGUACUAAAAGGUGGAGCUGUGAACACUGCAUGCAUUGGUCAAUAGUAAACGGUCACUUUGCUCAGGGUUGAGUUUUGGCUGGUUUUGUGACCACUGUUCAUACCAUGGCAAGUUUUACAUUAGUAAACUAUAACUAUAAAAAUAAAGGAUGUUUUGCUCUCCUUACAGCCGCUGUAGUCUGAGAAAAAUUAACUUAAUUCACUGGGCCGACUGCCGGCGACUUUUAAGGUGGAACCUUUUCUGGUAAUGUUACUCAAUGCAUGAGUUGACGACGGGAAUCAAUCAACACACCUUAAAUUUCAAUAUGAAAACUUUGACCAUUCCAUUAGUUGACACAG